CGUUCUCCUUGUUGCAGUAUAUUAUCAACACUCUGCAUCUAUGGAACUGGACUGGGGAUGCUGAACCGAAUCAAGGGAACAAGAUUGAUUCAAAUGUUAUCCUGUUGAAUACGUCCAUAUUCUCAAUUUAUCGGCAAUCAAGGUGGAACUUUUAGAGAAAGUAGGUGAAUCAAGUGUCUGGGGCGCAAAACUUUUUUUUCUGACGGGGCAAAUUGACCUGAUCCCGCUGCAACCAGCUUGCCGAGGAGAGAAGAGCGCUCGCCUUUCUCCCAGCCCAGUGGAUUGUAGCAAAUUCUAUUGUGAUGCUAAAAUGAAGUCGUAAGAGGGAGAGGGCUGACCAACGAUCAGAAGUGAAGCUAUCCAAGGGAUUUCUGCUAAAUCCAUUUGAAGUUAACAUGUUUUUUUCGUUUGUUCCAUCCAUUUAAUGUUAUGUUUGUGGAGCGUUUCAUUUUCACCACUUGUUGUUGACUGUUGGAACGAAGUAAAAUUGUUUCAACAGACAGACUGCGGCGAGAGAGAGAAGGCAAACCAUGUUUCAUUCGCUGACUAAGAUUCGGUAGUGUUAGGAAAUGAUUUAGCCUGUCUGAUAGGAGUGGACAUGCCCCUCUCGGUAUGCGCUGCAGAAUACUUUAAUAAGAAAAGGAAAAUAUAACAAAUCAUUUAUUCAAUAUUUUCGAAAUAAUUUCCCCUCUGCUGUGGGUCUGGUGGACUGAAUAGGACCCGAGCCACCAGGACCAGGCUUCCUCGGCAGUGCUAGUGAUUAUGGAUAGCAGUCUCCCCAGCUACAGUACAGUCAUACACCGAGGAAAGACACUGUUUCUGGAGGCUCGACUCCUGGGUGGGGCGCCCUGGGGGUUUCAGCUCAAAGGAGGUCUUGAACAUGGAGAAGAGUUGAUCGUCUCGAAGGUUGAGGGAGGUGGGAAGGCGGACCUGUUGGAACACCCCCUGUUGCCAGGUGACCAGGUGGUUGUCAUUAACGACGUGGAGCUCAGUGGAUUCAGGCAGGAAGCCAUCUCAUUGGUCAAAGGAUCCUACAAGACUCUUCGACUCACUGUUCGCAGGGAGUCCUUCCCAGGCCAAUGCUGUGAUGAACCCACCCCUCUGACACUACCUUCCAUCGCCCCUCCCUUGGACCACCUCGCCCCCCCCUCCAGCCACGGACCCCCGAAGGAGACCCGUGGAGGAUGUCCUGGAGGAGUUAAACUACGCAUCAAGAACAGACGCAGCGAGCCCGUCUCCAGACCACACUCGUGGCACUCCACCAAACUAGGCGAGGGCCAGCCAGACCCCAGCAUGGUGCAGAUAUCCCAGGGCACCAUAGACCCUCCCUGGCAUCACACAUUCAACUCCAGUGCGUCCACUACAGACCUGUCAGGUUACGACCCAGGUUACCUGAGGAAGAGUCCAGACCAGUACAGUUCUAGAGGAAGUAUGGAGAGCCUUGGGGAGCACCACGGCCACCCAGCCUACAGUUCUUCCUGCCACCAGCUGUCUGCCUCCAAGUCCUCCAACAGCAUGGACCACCUUCACAGCAAAAGGGACUCAGCCUACUCCUCCUUCUCUACCAGCUCUAGUAUCCCAGAGUACCUAGUGGCCGCUCCGACCUUUAGUAAGGAGAGGUCAUACUCCAUGGAGACGGUUCCACAGAGGGGUGGGGUUAGCGGAGGAGGGGGAGGGGCCGUGGCGGAGGUCAUGCAGCAUGCUGACAUCCGAUACAUCCGUACGUUCUACGACCCCCAGCAGGGAGGUGCCCAAGAGCACGAGGUCAGCUCUGCUGCGUUGCUACGCAACCACGAGGCCGGCGGAGCGGGUUCUCAUAGUGGGGGCAAGGCCUCCUGUCACCGCGGCAGUAGUAGCUGUAGUAACAGCAGUGGCGGAAGCAACGACGGUAGUAACCCCAAACGACACAGCGUUGGACCAAUCUGGGGUCAGUCUCAAUCUGCCAGCCGCAGUUCCUAUGAAAGCCUGAAGGGGGCGCCGGCUCCUCCCAUGCGGAGUGACAGCUACGCGGCGAUCAGGCACCACGAGAGGCCCAAUUCCUGGUCCAGCCUGGAGCAGACUCGCUCCCUCAGGGCUCUCCACAAGGGGUCCACCUCCUCCUGGUACCACUCCUCUGGCUCCGUGGCCUCCGGCUCGGGGAAGGGCUCCUACGGGGCCGAGGGCCAGCUCCACACCGUCAUAGAGAAGAGUCCUGAGAGCAGCCCCACCAUCAAGCCCAAACAGGGCGUGGGUCAAGUCCCCCAGCCCCCUCAGCCCCAGAAUACAUCUGGCCGCCUCAUGUCGCCUCAGGGCAUCUACCCCGUGCCCCCUCCGGAGACCCACUAUGCACAGAUGCCCACCAGCAGCCCCAGUCCCAGCCCCAGCAGUGUGUACCCAGGCCUGGCCAGGGAGAGCAGUCUGAGCAGACAGAGAGAGCUCCAGGGGUUAGGGGUGGGGGUCAGUGUGGAUACAGGGAUCGAGGUAUCUGUAGAGAACGGAUACCAAAGCAACACUUUCAACUCUUAUGUCACCUGUUCCAACCAGCUUCAGCAUCAUGACUUAGCUCCGCCUCCAACCAAACAGCCAGCCCAGCCUGUUAACAGAGGGGGUGACAGAGGACAUGAGGAGACCCAAACCAAACUGGGUCUCUCCGGGUCUCAUUUGAAGGGGGAGGGACAAACUGUCUCCCGAAGGCAGAGCCAGCAGGGUCAUGGACAGGGUCAGGUGUACAGACCCUCCUCAGCCCAGUCCAUAGGCCAGGAGAGGAGGGACCCAUACACUCCAGUCCAGCCGCGGAGAGAGAGGCUACCCAGGUAUUCCCAGGGCUCAGAGAGUUACACUGAGAAGCAUCAGGUCAGACACACUGAACACAGCCAUCCAGACCCUCAGCCUCCCACUACCAUGCCCACUAAGAUAUCCAAGGUCCACGCUCCUCAGCGGAUCAGGACUAGCAGUACCCCAGCCAAAGGGCCUGAUCAUCGGGUCAACAACCAGAGGUCCAGGUCCCCCAUCCGGCACUACAGCGACCCCAGUCCACCCCACCACCAGAAGAACCAGAGAGGACCAGAGCACCCCCUGACCCGGCUAGAGAAUGCCCUAGCGGAGGUUCAGCGUUGUGCCAGUCCAGAGAGCUCCACUAGGAGUCGGAGCAGCCACCAGAGGAACCCGUCUGUCCUGGAGAAGGUAAACCGGUUUGAGCGCCACGAGCAGAGGAAGCAGAGGAGUCAAAGCAUCAAUGCCACCCACACCAACCUGGGACCCUCCUCCUCCUCCCGUCCAACUCUGCCCCAGCCUCAGCCCAAGCACCAUGAGAGGGCCAUGAGCUAUGGUACUGGUAUGGAUGACCUGCGUAACAUGCUGGAGAGAAGCAGCAGCCCCAGCAGCACCUGCAGAACACUGAGCUCCACCUCUAGCGCACAUCAUGGGAAAACUACGGUGGCCCACAAGGGUCAUCAUUACGCAGAGCAGCAGAGGCCAGGAAGUUAUGACCAAGCCAAGCCCCAGACCUCCAGGGACCCCCACCACCAGCCUAACCCCAUGGACCCUAACCCUGGCUCGGCCCUACAGAGGAGCAGGAGCACCUUCCAACUGGGGAGCCAGGAGGAGAACGGCCAUGACAGGGACAGAGAGUUCCAUUGGAGGGAUGACCUGCAGGACCUACUGGGGACCAUCCAGGACACGUCUUUUAACCGGGCCUACAGGGACAGUAUCAAGGACGCCCAGUCCAAGGUGCUCCGAUCCACCUCCUUCAGACGCAGGGAACUGGGAAUCAGCUCCAGCUCUAACCAGAGCUCCAACAACCCCCCUCCUGGUGUCAACAACAACGCCCCUCCUGGUGUCAACAACAACCCCCCUCCUGUCCCCGCUAAGCACUUAUCCUUGGAGCGGAAGGCAGUGGCCCCCAAGACCGGUCCCAAAUCCUCCAUUGUCACCACCACUGUCCCAGCCUCCGCCCCAGCCACUCCCCUGUCCCCUCACACCCCCAAAGAGAGGCACACGAUCACGACCCCAGACCCAGUCCCAGCCCCAACCACCUCUCCCUCCCCUCACACCCCCAAAGAGAGGCACACGAUCACCACCCCAGAACCAGUCCCAGCCCCAACCACCUCUCCCUCCCCUCACACCCCCAAAGAGAGGCACGUUGUUACCCCCAAGCCCGAGAGGUUCAGCCCCCCAGAGCUCCCCAGUGUCCCAGCCUUGGGCCCACCAGUCCCGGCCCGAAUCGGUGGGCGUAAGAGGCUCACCAUGGAGCAGAAGAAGAGAUCGUACUCUGAGCCAGAGAGCAUGCACGAGGUGGGGUUAGAGUCUGACCCGAGGAGGAGUGCCCAGCACCAGCAGAUCCUGUUCCAAGGCACAGAGACCAGCGUGGCAGACCGCAGGAGGAUGUUUGAGGUGGCAACCAGUCGCAGCCUGAGCUCCAGCUCCCAGGCUCCUCAGGCCCUCCAGGGCUCCCGGGCUGGUCUAGCCGUCUCCCGGCCGGAGCUCUGGCAGCUGCAGCAGGAUGCCCUGGCCGACUACAUGGAGAGGAAGAGAGGCUGGAGGACAGACAGGGACAGGGACAGGUCCGAGGAGAGACGGCAUCGUCACCGGCCCCACAGUGCCUACCUCCAGCCCUUCACAGACACCCAGAGUGUCUCUUCCACCUCCACCACCAGCCUAGCCUCUCUCCAGGAUCUGUUUGGCCCAGAAAGGAGCCUGUCUGGUGAGGAAAGGCUCUGCUCCACCCUGCCUCCUGGUCUGCAGCUCCAGGACAGUAUCUACCCAGGCAGGGUGACCACACCACACAUCCAUGCCCAGGCCCCCACCUCAGUCUCCACCUCCCACCAAUACCCCACUGGAUCCAACAGGCCUCUGGAGGGAGUCCCAGCCAAGGCCUACGAGGCUUUCCGGAGCCAGCGAGGCGAUGUGGCCUUUGAAAGAACGGCUCCAGCCCGCAGCUCUGGGAAGUCCGCCUCAGCGGAGGAUCUUCUAGAGCACUCUGAGGAGAGGCCUGCACCACAGCACUUCAGAUCCCACUCCUCGCCCUCUGUAGAGAGGCUCAACCAGGACUUCAUGACAGGAGGAGAUCUGAGGAUGUUUCCGGACUUCUCUAAUGAACCCCAGCUGUUCACACACCAUGACAACAACAGAUCCAUGGACAAGCAGCGUUUCAAGCGUCCUGUCUCAGCCUCCCAGUCCCAGUAUGUACCCACCCACUACCUGCUGAAUCAGGGUCCUUCCCAAAGCAACACCCCUGUGAUGAGGAGAGAGAGGCAGAGGAACCCCGACCGCCAGCGGGCCCUUAGUGCCUCCGGCCUGGCUGCCUCUGUAGGUCUACCCUGCCCCUUCUCCUCCCCAGGCACCAGCCCCAACACUAGCCUUGACUGGCAGGUCAGCGAGAGCCAGGGAAACCUGGAUGCCAUCGCCUUCCCCUGCCUGUUGCAGGUUGACGCUCCCAGAGCCGUGUCCCUAGAGACCAGGCGGAGCCCCACAGCACAUCAGGGCCAGAACCAAGAUCUGCAGACCAGAACCAGACUGGGCUCAUCAGACACCAGCACCUCAGAGGAGACCCUGAAAGACUUCUCCAUAGAGAGUUCCAUACCAAAGAACAUCCUACCCCUGGACAUACCUGAGACCUCUCUAACCCCACCUCCUCCUAAAACCUCUGCCAGACCACACCCCCUGCUCUCCCUCCGCAUCUCAGAGUCCAACCUGCAGGAGACCCCGCCCUUACACAUAGCCCCGCCCACACAGGUAGUCCCUCCAAUAGUCUCCUUACAGGACUAUGACGAGGUGUUCCUCCAGGAGCUGGCCCCUCCCUCCCCUCCUCCUCCCCCGCUCCCCAUCAGGGAGACGGACAUCACAGAGGACUUCCCACCUCCUCCUCCCCUCCUCCUCCUCCCCUCCUCCUCUUCACCCCCAGACAAAGAGGAGCAUCGUCCUGAGCUACAGCACUUCAACAGCUGUGACUUCCUGGAGGCUGUGUGUCCAGAGAGAAGACCAUCCAUCUCCUCCCCUUCCCCUCAGACAGUCCCCCUCUCUAUCCCCCAGCCUGAGACUCCGACCCACCAGACCCCCAUCGACCCCAGCAGCAGUAUCCCAGAUCCCCAGCAGGGGCCUAGCGGUAAGGAAAGCCUGGGGUUAGAGUACCAUCUCCUGGCCAGGAGGGAUAGGUCUGCUGGGGAGCUGAAGGUGGAAGCCCUGGUCAGACAGCUGGUGUCCCGGGGGGAUAAGACCCUGAGCCCGAUGCUGGACACCUGGCCCGGGGGCGGACGGACCAGCACCAUGGACCUGAUGGAAGAGAUCUUCCCCGCUGGGGGAGGGAGGUUGCCGUGGCAACGCCGUAGGAGCAGCACCUGGCUGGAGGACAGGUUUACUGAAGAAAGGCCUAGUACUACAUUACCUGUAAACAAAAGAAGUCAAGAUGGCGUCUGUUCUACAGGACCUAGUCUGCUGCAGAAAACAGAGGCGGGAAGAGGAAUAGAUCUGGAUGAGGAAGAGGCAGACCUCAAUCAGAAAAAGGUGGAGCUACUCCAGGCUCUGACCCUUAGCGUUGCCUCACUCCGAGAGGAGAGAGAGGUUCUGGGUGAGGAGCAGAGGAGGUUCCGGGCCCUAGGUGGCCACAUGGAGAGCCUGGUCCAGGAGCGCUGUAAGCCCAACGAGAAGGAGAAGUACAGGAUGUUCAUUGGGGACCUGGAUAAGAUAGUCAACUUGUUGAUGUCUCUGUGUGGCCGGCUGGCCCGGGUCCAUAACGCUCUCUACGACCUGGACAGAGAGGAGGAGACAGAGGACAGCGCAGAGGAGAGGGAGUCCUUACAGCAGAAAUGCAGACAGCUGUGUAGUCAGCACGAGGAUGCCAGGGAGCUGAAGGAGAAUCUGGAUCGUCGGGAGCGUGUGGUACUGGACAUCCUGGGUGGCUACCUGACCGGGCCGCAGCUAAGAGACUACCAGCAUUACGUCUGUAUGAAACCUGCCCUCCUGAUCCGACAGAGACACCUGGACGAGCUCAUCAAGCAGGGGGACGAGCAGCUCGACAGGCUGAUAGAGAGUAUCUCUCCUGGGGACCACCAGGCCUUGCUCUGCUGCUCCUCCAACCCAGGGUUAGGCCCCAGGGGUCCCAGUCCUAACCUUGGUCCUACCCAUACUGUCCGCUCCAUCACUGUAACAUCCCUGUGACUCCUGUAAAACCCCAACCAUAACAGUCCUGGUCACUACCACGAUACUCCAGCUGUGUCUCUGGCACAUUGGGUGAAGACUACUACAUACAACACCAUAUGACUGGCGAAUGACACUGCAAAACAACAGAGGAAGAAGAGACGGAGACAGCAUCUCUCUAUCCCAUGUAGAGAUGAACUGUAGAGAUAGGGACUUCAUGUGAAGGAUGUCACCUGUCUGUUCCCUUGUUUUGCGUACAGACAGACAAACUAUGAGAAGUGACCAUGAUGGAUAUGUUGUCGUGCCUCUUAUCAUAUUUCUGCCUUCUUUGUUACUCCAGCUUCUUCACAUAUCUCUGUUGUGACUGCGCCACUCUUUGGUUGAUUCAAUACACGGUUCAAGUGCCUAGUGUAAUUCAUACGAACAGAUUGACAGUUUUGAGUGUAACGGUAGUGGAUGUACAACUGCCUGUCAAGACAUUUUAUUCACAGUAUAUAUACUGUGAAUAUAUAUAUAUAUAUAUAUAUUAUAUAUUCACAGUAUAUAUACUGUGAAUAAAAUGUCUUGACAGGCAGUUGUACAUCCACUACCGUAUAUAUAUAUAUAUAUAUAUAUAUAUAUAUCAGUUGAAAUAUUACUACUGCCUUUACACAUCACUACACACAUCACUACAGCUGAGAACUUUGUUUUGGCAGAUGAACUACUGAUUGGUCAGAAUCACAGAUCUAGAAUGACUUGUAUAUCUCAUUCUGUUCCUAUUGGUCAGGAGGAACCAGACCUGAAAUAGGCCUGUUUUCUUUAGCAACACAACAGCACGCUCUGACACACAUGAAUAUGUAGCCACAAAAUCUAAGGCUUUUUUCAUUUUUUUUUUUUUUUUUUACUUCAAAUACUUUAUAUUUUAGACUCAAAAAUGAUCGCUAAUGGAACAAAAAGCUACCAUGACACUGACAGCAAAUGCAAUAAUUAUUUAUAUUAUUUUAUCAUGUGGCUGUGCUUUUUAAUAUGUAGAUGGAGAAAGAAAAAAACAUGUUAUAUAUAUUUUUUAAACUGAAAAAAUGAUGGAAUGAGGCAAGUUGACAGUGGGCGUUCUAACUGACCUCUGGUCACAUGGUCUUCCUCUGAUACAAGGCAGCGUCCUUCAUGAUGACGAGGCUUCUAGGAAGUAAUCAGAUGUUACUCGGGAAUGUUGUUGCCCGGUAAGUACAUGCAUACUGUGGGUGGAGCUAUGUCAUUGGUGCCGUGGUAUCACUUCGUAGGGAUAUCUGGGUAAAAAAAUAGAGAAGGUUGAAAUAUUGUAGGUUGGUACUGUCAGUUCAUGUGUGACAUGCCUACUAUUUAAACAUCGUCUGACGACUCCUGUGUGACUUGCUUGUUUCACUUCUCCAAAAAAAAUGUACCAUGCCAAUUGAUAUUGUUGUAUCCUUUUGAGAGCACCUUUUAAACAUUUACAGACUAUCCUAAUUUAUCCUAAUCAGGCACAUAUUCAUGAAUAUAUAUCACCACUGUUGUCUACAUACAUCUGAAGAUGGCUGAUAUGUAAAUGUGUGACCUAGCUAUCUCACUAAUGUAGUGACCUAGCUAUCUCACUAAUGCAGUGUCCUAGCUAUCUCACUAAUGCAGUGUCCUAGCUAUCUCACUAAUGCAGUGUCCUAGCUAUCUCACAAAUGCAGUGACCUAGCUAUCUCACUAAUGCAGUGUCCUAGCUAUCUCACUAAUGUAGUGACCUAGCUAUCUCACUAAUGCAGUGUCCUAGCUAUCUCACUAAUGUAGUGACCUAGCUAUCUCACUAAUGCAGUGUCCUAGCUAUCUCACUAAUGUAGUGACCUAGCUAUCUCACUAAUGCAGUGUCCUAGCUAUCUCACUAAUGUAGUGUCCUAGCUAUCUCACUAAUGCAGUGUCCUAGCUAUCUCACUAAUGCAGUGACCUAGCUAUCUCACUAAUGCAGUGUCCUAGCUAUCUCACUAAUGUAGUGACCUAGCUAUCUCACUAAUGCAGUGUCCUAGCUAUCUCACUAAUGUAGUGUCCUAGCUAUCUCACUAAUGUAGUGACCUAGCUAUCUCACUAAUGCAGUGACCUAGCUAUCUCACUAAUGUAGUGUCCUAGCAAUCUCACUAAUGCAGUGACCUAGCUAUCUCACUAAUGCAGUGACCUAGCUAUCUCACUAAUGCAGUGUCCUAGCUAUCUCACUAAUGCAGUGUCCUAGCUAUCUCACUAAUGUAGUGUCCUAGCUAUCUCACUAAUGCAGUGUCCUAGCUAUCUCACUAAUGUAAUGACCUAGCUAUCUCACUAAUGCAGUGUCCUAGCUAUCUCACAAUAUUCAUAAACAAUAAUGGUGCCAUCCAUAUUUUUCUCCAUAGCGUUUUCUGUGACAUCACUGAAUUAACAGAUUUGACAGUUGCUGUAAUCAAAUUCCAUGUGUUAAUCUUGCUUUAUGACACGUAGGGGAGGGAGGCCGAUUAGAAAACAGAUCCUCGUUUACAAAAUAAAUCUAUUUUUAAAGAGCC